AUGGAGAUUGACCACUCUGGUGGUAUGGCCUUUGCGCCCCAGCAGAAGAACGCAGCCACGAUUCUUUGCGCCGACUGUGGCGCGCCCGUUGACGGAACCAUCUCUGGUGCCUUCUGCUACGACUGCAUCAAGCUCAAGACCGAUGUCACCACCGGCGUCCAGCGUGAGGCCAUCCUGCUCAUGUGCCGCGACUGCGACCGAUGGCUUUCGCCGCCUACCUCCUGGGUCGUAGCCGCUCCCGAGUCGCGCGAGCUGCUCGCCCUGUGCUUGCGCAAACUGCGCGGCCUGAACAAGCUGCGGAUCAUCGACGCCAGCUUCAUCUGGACCGAGCCUCACAGCAGAAGGAUCAAGGUCAAGAUCACCGCACAGUCCGAGAUCAACGAGGGCGCCAUCAUGCAGCAGACCUUCGAAGUCGAGUACAAGCAAAACUACCACCAGUGUCCCGACUGCGCCAAGAGUUACACACACAACACAUGGAGAGCCUGCGUGCAGGUGCGACAAAAGGUCCCCCACAAGAGGACUUUUUUGUACCUGGAGCAGCUGAUCCUCAAGCAUGGCGCGCACAAGGACACCAUCAACAUAAAGGAGGUCCACGAUGGUAUCGACUUCUUCUUCGCACAACGCAAUCACGCCACAGCCUUCUGCGACUUCCUCAAGGCAGUCGUACCCGUCAACAUCAAGGACUCGCAGGAACUCAUCUCCCACGAUAUCCACACAUCGACCAAGAACUACAAGUUCUCGUACUCGUGCGAGAUUGUGCCUAUCUGCAAGGACGACCUGGUAGUCCUCCCCAUCCCCCUCGCGAAGAAGAUUGGCAACAUCGCUCCCCUUGGUCUCUGCUCGCGCAUUGGCACAUCUGUACAAAUCCUCGAUCCCCAGACGCUUCAGACCGCAGACAUUGACCAGAAGCUGUACUGGCGCACACCCUUCCGUCCGCUUGCCGACGUGCAAGAACUGACCGAGUUCAUUGUCCUUGACAUCGAGCCUCUCGGCAAGCAAGUCGGGCGAAACUUCCUGGCCGAAGCGACCAUCGCACGCGCCUCAGACAUGGGCGCAAACGACCAGACCUACUACUGCCGCACACAUCUAGGCGGUAUUCUGCACGUUGGCGAUAGCGUGAUGGGCUACCUUCUGAGUAACACGAAUUUCAACAACGAAGUCUUCGACGUCCUCGAGCAGUCCAACAAAUACAGUCAAUCGAUUCCGGACGUUGUGCUGGUCAAGAAGUUCUACCAGCGCGCCAAGAAGAACAAGAACAAGCGCAACUGGCGCGUCAAGCGCAUGGGUAGAGAGGAGAGCGAGAUGCUGCCGCGCAAGCAGGAUCAGGAGAAGAUGGAGCGUGACUUUGAGAUGUUCCUGCAGGACGUCGAAGAGGAUCCGGAGUUGAGAGCGACCAUGGCGCUGUACAAGCAGCAGCAAGCGCAGAGGGAUGCGGAUGCCAUGGAGACUGAGGAUGAAGGGGAGGAAGAGGACGAGGGACUGGAGAUUCCGAUGGAGCAGCUGUUGGAUGACUUUGAGGAUAUGACUAUGAAGGAUUAG